UUCCUGUUAGAUUUGUUUAGGCAAAUGGGGCUGCGAGGAUGACAUUUUCGUACCCGGUCCAUUUACCGAACGAACAUCCCCUUCCCGCCCGCCGCUAGUUGUAGCAGGCAAGGGGCAGUAAUACCAAAAUCCUUAAGAGAAUCCAUUUUGCUCUCUAAUAAUGAAACCUAAUUUCAAUCAAUUUCAUUUCCUAUUCUUCAAUUCUAAAACCUUAAUUCCCUUAAACCCCACCAGAUUCAGUUUCCGAUUCCUCACUGUAUCUGCUGCCUUGCCUUCUAUCGAAAUAUCCCUAGAAAACCAACCAGAAGACGACCUGAGUACAAUUACUUCCCAAGACGCAUCAGAUUUAUUUAAGCAAUGGGGUUGCACUGACGAUGACAUCUCCAAGAUUUUUCAACGCCGUCCAUCACUACGCAAAAUGGAACUCAAAAAACUUCACUCAAAGCUCAAAAUAUUAACUGAUUUAGGGAUACCGUCUUCUGACUUAGCCAAGAUCCUUAAUUGUCGUCCUCGCUUCCUUAGUUGUCGUAUUAAUCGUUGCUUUGAAGAACGCAUUGAGUUUUUUCAAACUUUGUUUGGUACUAAGGAAAUUCUGGUCAAGGCCAUUGUUCGAAAUCCGUCUUUGCUUACUUAUGAUUUCCAUAAACAGAUUAAACCAAUUGUUGCAUUUUAUGAACAGUUGGGUCUUAGUAGAAGUGAGUUAGUUUCCAUGAUUAUUGCUCGACCUACUUUGAUACCAAGAAGUUCGUUGGAUGAUGAGAAAAUGGAUUAUAUACGAAGGACGGGUGUCGAAAAGGGUAAUACUAUGUAUAAACAUGUGAUUGCCUUGUUUGCGAUUUCGCGGUCUGAGACUAUUCUUCAGAAGGUGGCUAAUUUGGAGAAAUAUGGGUUUAGUGAAGAUGAGGUUUUUAGGCUUAUUGGACGGUCUCCGUUCUUGUUAACAUUGUCUGUUGAUAAGGUGCAGAGAAACAUGACGUUUAUACUAGGUACGAUGAAGCUGUCUGCAAAUUUAGUUUGUGAUAACCCGUGUUUGCUGUUCUUGAAUUUGGAAACUGCCUUAAAGCCGAGGUAUUUGUUAGGGACAAAGAUAGAUGAUAUGGGUUUGGUUCCUAGAGUGAAGGGUCCUUUAUUGUUAAGAGCAAUGAGGAUGACUGAAAAGCGGUUUAUCAAGGCCUUUAUAAGUUGCCAUCCGGAAGACAUUGCUCGUGAAUUGAUGGAGUGCUAUAGAAGCGUUAAACGUGUUAGAAGGUUGGCAGAGUCAUCCAAGAAGCAAAUAUGCAAAGGAUUUCCCUUUUGAACAUAUGUUCCAACAGAUACAUUUCCUGUUAUCAUUUGAGUCUGUUUGUUAUUGUAUUCUUUCAUUUUUCAUUGACAAAAAGUAGAGUAUACCUGUAUCAUUGACUUGCUCGGGAUGUUUGAUUGUUGGUUUAAAGUAUAGUCAAUACGAAUGACAUUCUGUUGUACAAUUAGAAGUAGGCUAAUAAUAGAUGAAUUGGAGUUUGUAUGUGGAUUUGCUGAGUUUAUCCAUGUCAUUUCUUGCACUUUUGAGUACCCAGAGUAUAUAGAGUUGUUGGGAUCCGUUAACUUAAA